AUGUCUACGCAUCCGGUGGCCGCCGGCGGCGGCAACGGCGGUAUCAAUUGCAAGCGGUCGGCGCCGCUGUGGCCGAACCUUCCUGACGACCUUCUCGGCAAGGUUCUCUCCAGGAUAGUCUCCCCGCGCGACCGCGCGCGCUUCGCCACCGUCUGCGGGGCAUGGCGCGCCGCCGCGUCGCGGAAACCGGCGCCGCCCGUCGCCCCGCUGCUGCUCCUCUCGUCGUGCGGCCACAGCAAGACGGAGCACCUGUGCAGCCCCGACGACAGCUGGGUCUUCCAUUCCCCGAGCACGGCGGCCAACAAGCGUUUGGUCGGCUCCCAUGACGGCGGCUGGGUCGCCCUGUUGGACACGGACAACUGCGUGCUCGCCAUCGUGAACCUGUUUUCCGGCGAUGAGGUGGCGCUCUCGGCGGAGCAAAGUAACAUCGCAUCGGUGUGGCCGCACUUGCAGCCGGAGGGCGUCUCCAAACUCAUCUUCUCCGGGAACCCCGCUUCCUCGGACGGCUGCAUCCUCGCCGCCAUCGUAGACGGAUGGCUCUGGAUCACAUUGUGCAGAGUUGGCUGCCACGAUGGUAGGUGGACCGCGAAUUGCUGGGACCAGGGUUUGAUCGACAUUGCCUUCUGCAACGGUGACCUCUAUGGUCUAACGAGACCUAGCCGGGAACUGUACAAAUUUGAAAUCGGAAUGGAGGGAGACUGCACUCUGGUGGUCACGGCCAGCCAACGGCUGUCCAUCCAAAGGCCCAACGAGCUCACUUGGAACGAUGGAACUAAAGGAGGGUACAUGAGCUACAUCUUCGAGUUGCAGGGCAAGACGUCGAUGGCGGUUCGGACCCGGUGGUUGCCUCACCUUGGUCCUUUCUUCAAGGUCUUUGAGCUUGCUGAUAUGGAUGCCGAUGAGGUUUACAAACACAAGUGGGUAGAGGUGGCAAGUUUUGGCGGCCAUGCCUUGUUCAUCGGGCCAACUAGAUCCAAGGCGGUGCACGUGCCGGUAAGUGCCGAGCACCAUGGCCUAGAGAGGAAUCACGUGUAUUACACUAAAUAUACCUGCUCAUGGCUAAACAGUUUGCCCGAAGAUGCGUUGUAUUCCGUGGCAUCGGAUGGUGGUCAUAUCAAGAUGUAUAGUAAGAAAGACCAACAUUUUGGAGAUAGCGUGGAAAGAACCGGAUAUUAUAUGGAGGGCUGUAAUUAUGCCACUUGGGUUCACCCGCCGGACCUGUAG